AUGAGGAACAUUGCCAUGGAGUUGGGGGUGUUACCCCACUUGGUCCACUCUGUCCCUGUUGAGUCUUCCAACUUCAAGGUUAAAAUCAAGUUUUCAAGCACAAGCUUUCCCUCAAAGUUCAUUAACCCAGAUAAGAAAAGCCAAGUGGGUCUUCAAUCUUCUCGGGUUGUUUUUGCUUCUGCUUCUUCUGUUAGUGGCUCCAGUGCUGAUUACUCUGAUUCCACUGGGCAAUUGUUGGGUGGGAAGACAAAACAGAAGGUGAAGACUAUAGGUGGAAUAGAUCAAGAUGAACUGGUCGACCCUUCUCAUAUAGCUGAUCCAGAUAGUUGUUUUUGUGAGUUUAAAGGAGUACAGAUACACCACAAGAUAUGUGAACCUGAAUCUGUGUCAGAUAAGUCGUUGCAGAGUCAAAAUCUGUCUCAACCUAUCAAGAAGAUUGGUCUUCCUAUGAUUUUACUACAUGGGUUUGGAGCCUCUGUGUUCUCGUGGAACAGAGUCAUGAAGACAUUGGCAGAUUUCACUGGCUCCAAAGUUCUUGCCUUUGAUAGACCAGCCUUCGGUUUGACAUCAAGGCUAAACUUUUGGGAGCAAUCAGCUUCUGGCAAUGCCGAUACAAAACCUUUGAAUCCAUACUCCAUGGCGUUUUCGGUGCUUGCUACUUUGUACUUCAUUGGCUUUUUAGGAGCUGAGAAAGCAAUCAUUGUUGGGCAUUCAGCUGGUUCUCUUGUAGCAGUUAAUUCAUAUUUUGAAGCACCAGAACGUGUUGCAGCUCUGAUCCUUGUUGCUCCAGCGAUCUUGGCUCCUCUUACUGUGCCAAAAGUUGAAAAGGGAAACCAAAUGAGAGAAAAGAACAAGAAGGAAGCAAACUCAAACAGCAGUAGUCAAGGGAAUCCAUUUAUCCAUCUUCGUAAUAUAUUCUCCAAUGUCACUAAGAUUGUUUUGCAGGCAAUGAUGAGAGUAGUGAAGGGAAUGGCAGAUAUGCUCAACUCUGUAUAUAAGAAAUUUUUGUCAGCUAUUCUGCGCUCUGCUUUUGGUGUGAUGUUGAUAAGAGUGAUAAUAGACAAAUUUGGUCGGGCUGCUGUUAAGAAUUCAUGGUAUGACCCAAAGAAAGUCACUGAAGACGUCCUUAAUGGUUAUACAAAGCCAUUAAGGAUUAAGGGCUGGGACAAGGCACUAGUGGAGUUCACUGCAGCAAUGCUUACUGAUACUGAACCUGAACUAAAACCACCACUUACAGAAAGACUCCGUGAAAUCUCAUGUCCUGUUCUGAUUCUUACGGGUGACAACGACCGACUUGUCCCCUCAUGGAAUGCUGAGAGACUCUCAAGAGCGAUACCCGGUUCCUACUUUGAAGUAAUCAAGCACUGCGGCCACUUGCCCCAAGAAGAAAAAGUGGAUGAGUUUGUAUCAAUAGUUCAGAAAUUUCUGCAAAGAGCUUUUGGUAAUAUUGAUUCUCUUGAGGGGGCAGCAGUAUUGUGAGCCUUAAAGUCUUCUAUUUGUCUUUCUUAUCCAACCACAUUGUACUGUAUUCAAAAUCAAAAGCAGGCUCGAAGGCCUUUAAAGAAAAGAACUUCUGGAAUCAUACCAUUGUAAUUGUUUCUCAUUCGCGAUCAUGUAAUAUAACAGAAAGAAAUUGCAAUUU